GUGAUGUUUUAAGUGCCAGUAAUGCUGUGCUUGAAGUGGAUGUGCAAUGGAGGAAAUAACAGACAGAACUUCUUCCAUAAAUGCAUUAUACCAAGAUGAACCUGGUGAUGGCUACAAUGUCACAAACCUGGAGUUUUCAAAGAAAAAUCAGCCAAAUCAGAACUCCAAAGAUGUUAUUUUCCAUUUUCCAGCCAUUCUCAAAGAAACUCCUCACAGAGAAUCAAUUCUUCGCAUAUGCCCCACUGCAGACAGUAACUUUAUGCUCAUGGGGCAGGAUGGUCUGAUUUCUUUCUGGUCAUCAAACCUGAUGUUUGUGAAAAGCAGGUCUCUUUUUGUGCAAGAAAAAAGCAGAAAGGUCAAAUGGAUUGCUGAUUUCAUCCUGAUUAAUCAGUACAACAAAUUCCUGAUUGGAACAUGUGAUAGAGAAAUUCGUAUGUAUGAACUGUCCAAUUUUGAACCAUAUUGUCAAAUAAUCGGCCUUCAGUCUGUGCCUCUUCGACUAGACUAUAGUUCCACAGGAAAUAAUGAAUGUGUGAUUGUCUAUGGUGAUGAUCAGGGAUGUGUCAAUAUCUUGCUCAUGUCAAUGAUGGGGGAAAGCCUGAGGAACUGGACAAAGGGUCCAAUAGUGGAUGGAAUUCCAAGCAUUACCAUUGAGAAACUUGCAAGUCCUGGACUAAUCUCCUACAUACGUUGGAAGGCUCAUAAUGAUUGGGUGACAGAGAUUAAAUACAUUCGCUCUAUCAAUAAAGUUAUAUCAAGUUGCAAUGAGGAAACUACGGCUCUUGUUGUAGGUUGUGUCAUUGGUACAAAGUCCAGUCAGCAGAAGAUGAAAGAAAUACAAGAUGCAGUUCAUAAUAUGGGCAGACAUGUCCAGACAGGAAAGAAUGUUCUGCAGAGAAGACUGAGUUGUGAUGAAGCAAUAUUUUUAAUCUCUAAAGGAGCAAAAACCUUUGACUUCUGCAAAGAAAAGAAUCUACUUGUCACAGGAGGGUUAGACAGAAUAAUUCGCAUGUGGAAUCCAAACUUUCCAGGACGACCAAUUGGGAGGCUGGCUGGACACAAUUCACCCAUCGUCUUCCUCAGUAUUGCUGCAGGGGACAGUAGGAUAUUUUCAAUCUCGGUAGACAAGAUAAUUAAGGUUUGGGACAUUGAAGACCAAACAUGCCUCAUCACUGUGAAACCUAAAGAUAGUCAGAUUAAUGGAGAUUUGGCCACUUGCUACCAUUCUCAGGAAUUAAAGGCACUCUACAUUGCAACUGAUUCCCUAGCACAGCUACUGCUCCAGAGCAGCAGAAAGGAACUGAAUAUAGGUGUGUCUCACAAGAAACCCAUUCUGUGUUGUCAAUACAAUAAGCUAAUGAGACAAGUCGUCACUUGCUGUGAAGGAUCUGAUAUUAAAGUGUGGGAUCUGAACACCGGCCAACUUGUAUUUGAAUUCACCAGAGCUCAUGGAGAUGCUGCUAUAACUUGCAUGACUUUUGACGCGGAUGAAAGAAGGCUGAUCACGGGUGGCAGAGAUGGAUGUGUGAAGAAAUGGGACUACCAAAGUGGGCAAUGUAUACAGACCCUGAGACAAGCUGGAGAGAAAACUGAAGAAAUUAGUGACUGUAUUUAUGCUGAAAUAUACAAAAAUGGCUUUAUCAUAUCAGUUGGUUGGGACAAGAAGAUCAAUGUUUUCCCGGACAUUCAGGGUGACCUUUAUGAUACUCAGUAUCCAUCACAUCAUUGGGCAGACGAUGCAACACAGAAAAAUGGCCAUAAGGAUGAUAUUUUGUCUGUUGUCCUGUGUGCUCCAAAUCUCCUGGCUACUUCAAGUUAUGAUGGUGAAAUUAUUAUCUGGAACUUCACAUCAGGUCUCAUCUUCUGCCGUCUUCAUUCUCCAAUCAGUGCAUUGCCUCAGGAAUUGUCAGGUGAGAAUUUGACUGUCAAUAAACUACUAUGCAUCAGAUCCCGAACAUCCUGUGCAAAAACAUCAGCUACGGUGAUUGCUAGCGGCCCUAGAGGUCACAUUCAUUUUUGGAACAUAUUUCAUGGUGGAAAACUACUGGCUCGCUUUCUCUGUUCAUCUUAUAAGGCUACUGUAUCUAGCAUGUCAAUUAGUGAGGACAGUGCGAUGCUUUAUGCUGCUGAUCAGCAUGGAUAUAUCUACAUCUUUCACAUUCUUCAUUACACACUUCAUGGACCUGAAACAGACCCUCCAAAAACAUUGACCCGUUGGAGGGCUCAUGAAUGCAGUAUUACGAGUAUUGCACUAGUGGAAGAACAUCAGUUGCUGCUUACAUCUUCUAUGGAUUGUAGUGUGAAACUCUGGAAUAUCAAAGGAGAGCAUUUAGGCAUUUUUGGCCAAAGCAAAUCAUGGAAUAUUCACAGCUUAAAAUCAGAAAAACAUCAGGAAGCAUUGGUAAAACAGGUUCCACCAGAGUCCAGACAGAGUCUGCAAAGUGACACCAGGACAAAUAAAAAGGUUAAAAAUAGAGCUGAAGAUGCACAAUCCCUGUUUGAAGUGAAAUAUCAAGAAGUUGCAAAGGAGUUAGAACAGCUAGACUCGUUUGUGAAAAUGAGGUUACGUGAACACAAGCAGAAACACAUUGAAAAACAACAAAUUUAUGGAAAACUGACUGCUUAUCAAUCACUGCAUUGUCAUGAAUUGGCUGACAUUUCUGUCAACAUUCACAAACCUGAUCCAGCAGCUGAACUUAAUGAUCUAUUUGACAUCAUUUAACAGACCUGAAGUACCAGAACAAAAAUGGAAAAUGAUGCAUAGCUAAGUUGCACUUGUAAGCUACAGCAUUACUCCAUAGCUAUUCUAAAUAAUUGUAAUUUCCCAGCUUUCCUGCGUGAAUAAUUUGAAUUUGUAGUUGAGGUCUUAAAUCAUUAUGGAUAAAAAAGAAGGCAAUAUUAAUAGUUAUAAUAUAAAAUCUUUGGGAUUACGACAAUAUGCAAGAUAUUCAUAUUCAUUGCUCACUGAAAGAAACUUGUCCGACUUUCCAUCUAAUCAGUGUUCUAAUUUUGGUGGUUUAUCAUUUCAUAUCUUCAUUGUAUCAUAGUUUUUAGUUUGUCUAUUCCAAAAUACCCAUUUUAUAAAUCUUGUCUGUGCUAGACACUGUCUUAUCUCUAAUCAUUACUUUAUAUUUUAUGUUUACUGUCCAAUAUCUGUUUGUAAUAGGUGAUUUGUAUGUACAGUACUGAAUGCUCAUUAAAAAUGUACCA